CAGCCGCUCUCCGCCUCUGCCCCCCGGGCCGGGGGCUCCUUCGAAAUCCACCCAGCCCCCAAGCCUGACUUGGCUGCCAUCCCAGCCCACGACCUGCAGGCCCAGGCCCUGGCCAAGCUGCGCCUGAAUUCGCGCAAUUCCUUCCUCUUCGUGCCCCGCCGGGAGGGCAGCCAGGCUCUGCCUUCUGCCGAGAGCACAAGACCGGGGCCACCGCCACCGUCCUCGGAGAAGAAGGCACUGAAGGAGCCUCCGAGGGCUUCCGCCCCGGAGCAGGAAGAGCCUGUCGCUUCCCCACCGGCGCCUCUGGAUCCGUUGGUACCUGUGACUUACAUUGAUGACAUUGUGGAGCCGGACAGCGGGGAGCUUUCUCCCGGGGCUGGCUCAUCUGCGAGGACAGGGAGCUUGGCAGAUCAGUCUGGAGGAGCUACCCCUGACUUGGAGAUGGAGUUUUCCUCCGUGCCCCUCUACAGACCACACUCUGCGCCUCACCAGAGGGGAGGCAGCACCUUCACUGUCGUGCCCAAAAGGAAGCCUGUUGCCUCGGGGCUGCAGACUCUCACUGAUGCCAGCGGAAGGCUGCAGCGGGAUGAAGAGGAGGAGGAGGAAGAGAGCAAAGGAAAAGGCAAAACCGUGGAGAAUGCUGAUGGGCCCCAAGCAGGGAUGUCCCAUAAAAAGCGCUACCCCACAGUGAAUGAGAUUGAAGUGAUCGGGGGGUACCUGUCCCUGGAGAGGUCCUGCAUGAGCAAGACGGGCUCCCGCCGCAAGAAGAUGAAGAUCUCUUUUAAUGAGACAAGUUUGCAGACUAUGUUUGAGUACCCGUCAGAGAGCUCACUGGCAGAAGAAGAGGAGGAAGAAGAGGAAAGACAUGCUUCUGAAACAGAGGAGGACAAAUCUUGCACCUUUUACAUUCCACGCCCAAAUAGCACUUUGCAUCCCAAUACACCUAACUCAGAUCUAUCCAGCUACACCCCAAAGCACUCCGUGAAGUUCAGCGAGUGGCAGGAGCAGAAGUAUGAGGAGAUGCCUGCCACGGAGGGACCCCUCCCAAAGGAAGCCAAUUCCCAUGGGAACCAAGUCAUGCUCACCCCAGCAGAGAAGGGCGGACUCUCGGAUUUCAGCAGCGAGCCUGCUCUGUAUUUUUGA